UCACUAGCGUCUGGUUGUAAAUUUCUUCCCUUCCUUCUUUUCGUCCGACUAGUGAACACACGCUUUGACGCUCUGUCGCUUAACACUGUAUAGUUUUAACGCGUCUAGUAUACACAAGAAUCCUUUUUUAUCUAACUAAUCGACAUGGCAGAAGAAUAUUUAUACGGAAUCACCCUCGAAGGACCCAACGCCUCUGAAGUAUGGGAUCCAGAGCACAGAGCAGAUGAUCCUGACGGCACCAGUCAGCACUUUGGUGGCGAUCAGAAACUCAUUAUUAAAAUGGCACUUCUUGGACCAGAAGCUAAACCAGGUGAAUUGAAUGUUUUGGAAGUUGAAGCCACUGGACUGAAAGGACCCAUCAAAAUCCCAAUAGCUUUACUCGAAAUGGGCAAGACUUCACAAAUUAUUCUUGACUUAAGUUUUCCUGACCCACCAGUUACAUUCACAUUGGUUAAGGGAAGUGGACCCGUUCACAUAGUUGGACACAAUCUUCUUGGCUCUCAUAUUGAAGAAUUUGAAGAUAUGGAAGAUAUGGAAGACGAGAUGGAAGAAGAAAAUAUUGACGAUGAAGAUGAUGAGAAGGACCCAGAGGAAGAUGACGAGGAUGAUGAACCUAAGAAGAAGAAUGCCAAAAUGUCGUCAGCCGCUAGAAACAAAAGUCAGGCGAACAAGAACAAGAAAAAAUAAAUUUCCGCCUUAAAUAAAAAUAAUUGCACAAAAAAAAAAAACAACACUCAUAUAGGCUAGGCUUUUAACAAUUAAGUUUAUAAACACAAUUAAUUUGUGUUUCAGCGAAUUUAUUAUCAUUUUCCAUGAAGUCGCAAUAUUGUGUGUGGACAAUGUUAAAUGCCUGAUUUCGGUUAUUGUACUAUAUAUGUAUUGAAAAACAAUUUUUUUUAUCAGUCUGAGUGUGAUUUCAAAAUAUUGAAAAUUUUAUAGUAUUUUUUUCUUUUUUUUUUUUUAAGUAAAAGGUCGAUUAAUUCUAAAAGAAAAGCCCCAUAUUUAGAAAUUAUUUUUUACAUUCUCAACAGUGUGAGAAAAUCUUUGAUUUUUUAUAAUUAGUCUUUUUCUGAUGAUCUUAAUAUGUAAAAGUCGAUUUUUUUUUCAAAGCGACAAUUGUGUCUGUUUUAAAACAGAUACGAUCAUUGUAAAAAUCAGUAACUUAUGAUUGGAUAUACGUGUGAUGUACUUAAGUGUUUGUUAUUAAACUAAGUUUGGACAAAGUCUCUGUACUUCUUCAAUAUAUUACAAUCAUGUUUUUGACUUAAAUUUAGCAAAUACGAAUUAUUUUAUUCAAUUUUUUUUAACCGUUCAGUUAUUUAGGAAUUUAUUACGUAAAACAAUUGUCCAUUUAAUUUGUUUUAAAUGUUUUUUUGUUAAAAAAAAUAUUUUUAGUUUUUAUAAUUUUUUUAAAAAAUAUUUUGUAUUUUUUUUCAGUUUCAUUCUUUGGUUUUGGGAAGCUCAUGAUACUUCUGUUUAAAAAAUUUAAUAAUUUCUAGAUGCAAUCGCACACGUAUAUUAUUUUAUGCUUUCCCAAUUUUAUCGAUACUUCCAAUUAAUCAAAAAGUAAAUAUAUAGUUGCUUAUUAUUAAUUCAUAAGUCAUUGAUGAUGAACGAUAAGAGAUAAAAGUAUUUUGUGUGAGAAAUUUGAGUUUAAAUAAUUGUAGGUUAUUUGAUAAAAAGAAAGAUGUGCAGCAUGUGUUUGAAAGAAGAAAGUCAAGAUAACUAAUAGUGUUACCAAAAACCCACGUAGAUAAUAAUACAAGAGAAAAAGAAAUUGUGUUUAUACAUCACGAUAUUCAUUCCACUUAUUGAUGAGAAUUUUUUUUUUUUUUUUUUUUUUUUUAUUUUAUUUUGCUGGUGUACAGCAAACGUUUAAUCAUAUACGCAUUUCAACAUUUUAUUCGAAGCGUGACAAUUUGUAUGUCCGUACACGAAUUUUUGAAUUUUGUACAUAAACGAUACAAUAAAUUUCAGAUAAAUUUUAA